AUGAAUCAUCAACAGCUUCAGAAUCCAUCUUCUCACCUUUCUACAAAUCGACUUAAAAAGUACCUUCUUGCUUGGGCGCAACAGGACCACUUUGAAUUUCAACAAGCCCCGACUCCGAGAGAUGGACAAUCAACUCGACGAUCGGUGGAUGUCAACAACACCACCCGGACCAAAGUCAUUGCCGGUCCUUCUUUACUCGAACUUCGACACAGUCCAUCAUCUCAUGGUCGUGUUGGGAAGAACAGAUCACGGUCUCGAUCCGCACCUUGCAACUUUCCACCAAGGUCAACACUUCUUUCAACUAGGUCUUGUUCUCCUGCAAGUACCUCUGAGGUAUAUGCCAGUCCUUCAUUGACCUCCCCAUCUGGACACUGCUCCUAUGGAGAAGAAUCAGAGACUGAGAUUUCAGUUUGUGAAACGUUGAGAUCACUCUCUACAGAUGAUUCCAUAACCACGAGCGACUCGGAAGACACUCAGGUCUCUGAGCCUUCAACCACCGAGGGUGAUGAUGAUGUCAUCUCAUCAAAGGCUGGUCAAUUCUUUGAUGAAGAUGUCAGAUUUCCUCCGGUUCCAUCUGUCAUUGAAGGUCCUUUAGAUUUUUCUUUAGUUGAGCAAGUCAGAUGGGAAGAUUGCGCUAAAAGAAGGAUUGCAAGGAUGGUGGAAAAAGAGCCGGUUGUAGCAUCACAAGUGGUUGAUACCGGGUGCGAUGCUAUACCUCUUGCUGUAAAGCAAGACAUCAUUACUUGGUUAAUUGCCUUUGAACAUCGGAUCAGCGAUUAUCCAAAUAUCUCCCUUCCCACGAGACAUCGGGCUAUCAUACUGUUUCAUCAGUUUUGUGCUUCGGACACCAUGUCAAACAUCGAUGCCGAUCGAAUCAAACGUCGAUGCGGAUCGAAUCAAACUCCGAGCACAUCGAAUCGGUGUGGCUUGUCUUACAUUGGCAUGUAAAGUAGACAUCGAUUUCUUGGCACCGUUAGAGGUGAUGCCAUUGGUAUUUUGGGAAUGUAGUGUGGUGCAGUCG